GAAACAUGACAUAGAACAAGCGAAAGGUACGUACGCGGCAUUCACCAACUUGUACGCCUCCCUGAAGAUGAAGCGAACAUACAAGCUGUUUAAAGCUGUCCCACAACCUGUCACUGGAUAAGGCACAACUUUCACUGACACUCAACGAGAAAGUCUUCAUCGAAAUGUCAUCCGUCAUCCCAAACCCCGUGGAGAGUCUAUGCAGAGCCAUCCGAAACGGUGACGGAAACCAGGUGCAACAGCUCUUGGACCACGGCGUAGACGUCAACGCCUACGACAGCGUCGGCGACCUUGCCAUUGACGUUGCUUGGAGGCUCAAGAAAUACGACCUGAUCGAACUUCUCCUCAACCACGAUUCCCGUUUUCCGUCGGACUUCAACGACUCCCUUACAGACAGCUUAAGAGCUGUUGCCUCAGAGAGACAAGAGCUGCACCAUGCCGUCGGCAAGGGAGACAUCGCUCAAGUACAAGCCUUCCUCAACAGAAGGCCACAUCUAAGACUGUGGUUAAACGCGGACAAUGAGUCGUUAUGCCACUGUGCUGUGCGAAAGAACCGUAUUCAGACCUACGCCUUCUUAGCUUCCCGGAGGUGCGAGUUUAGAAACGAAGAAGAGCGCUCCUGUCUGUACCAUCUAACCCCUGUUCAGUCGUGCCAUCUUAGACGCAAGCAGCACGAGUACCUCCAGGGCUGCGGAGCUACGCACCUCGCUUAUCUCCAGAUCCGGACAAAGUAUCCGAGGAGAGACAAAGAGCAUGAAUCGGAGGUUAGAGUGCUUUACGCAAAGCUCAAUGCUUUUCGCUUUAUGGGCACGAUUCUGAAGGUCAUAGAAACUUCGACUCAUUUCACGAUAUACUUCGAUCGAGGGCGCUCUAAUCUGGGAUACGCAGAAGACCGCAGCGUCGUCAACCUGUCUUCGCACACUCUCGUUAUUCGAGGCCCGAGGAGCAGCACAAAGACCAUGGGGAUAUUGGCGUAUCAUCUGUGCUUCCUCUCACUUCAUAUUGUGUACCGUAAUUUCGGCAAACCAUACGCAGACGACGAAAAGGAUCCAGAAAGAGCGCGUCGCUACAGGGACAUUCUGAGCCGUGUCAGACAAAGACAACACCAACUGCACCCUAUCUUGCGAGGCGUGUUCCAAAAUAAUGCGGGCGAGGAGGUUAUCUCUCGUGUUCCACAGAUGUUAAUCGAGUACGAAGGCGACGGCGCUGACAACGAUAGUAAGAAAGGGGUAACUUUUCUGAUGGAACAAAUUGCUGAGCUCUUGGAGUUUUUCACGGACGAUGUGUUAUCUGACCUGGAGUCUUACGUUAAGCAGCACGACGGUAACCUCGAAGCCGAGAGAAUCCAAUCCGAGAACACUCGCUUGGGGCAGGUCGCCCGGGUGGAAGACAUCUCACUAGCUAUGGAAAGCGCUUUUAAUGUCGCCGAUUUCCCUAAGAACUGGUUGCUUCUCGCGACUUCUGUAAACCUUACUGUCGCGGAAGUGACCGUUUAUGCCGCAGUUAAAUUUACUGGCAGGCCUUUUCUUUUCCUUGAGACCAGCCAAUGGAACCAUUCCGUCCAGGAAGUUCUGACACAGAACGCUUGCUCCUUCGUGCUUCUUACAUGCAAACCAACAGAUGGGGACCAUAUACGGGAGAUACUGAACUUUCUCAGUCACCUGUCGGAAGUCACUGACGCUACCAUAGUUUUGACCGCUGAUAGUCAUCAGAGGACGUACUUAGAGGAGAGUGUCAAAGCGUCGUCUUUCUUCAGCAGCAGAUACGCUACCAUCAACUGCUCGGAUAAAAACGCUCACAUGAUUCCAGAACCUCGCACGGAGAGCCUGCUGAAGUCCACGACGAUUUCCUUUCAGGGCACGCAAGAAGUGCCCCUCCAAGACGUUAUCGAUUCUUUCUCGCUCUCGCAGGUAAUAGAUACGAACAUGCUGGAAGACAUAGCAGCAGGCGGUAAUACCAUAUCGAUUGGAUCUCCCUUGGCUAAGUUUGAAGAAGCGGAGUACUUCGUCGAACGAAAAUUUGAAAGACACAUUCGAUUAGAGAAACUGACGUCGGUCCCAAGCGACGUGUUUGCGUUCCUCGGAUGCACGGAAGAAACGGUGACAGAAAUUUUGCCCCCCGGAACAGGCGCACACUGCUUUCAGGACUUGGAAGAAUUUGAGAAAUUUGUGCUUGUAGUUGGCAGCAAUGAAUACGAAGAACUCAUCAAGUUAACGAUCUACGAAAACAAGGUGGUGCACUUAGUGGAACGCGUAGACGACAACGUGUUCCUCUGGAGGACUUCGAACGGUCCAACCAGUCGGCUGCGAAAGUGUGUCAGUGCAUCUAACGCUGUGGGCUGUUCUGAGCUGGCUAUCCUGCUAGAAAGCAGAGAGAAAGCGGCUGUGGUGUGCGGUGCUCCUGGUUUGGGCAAGUCUACAAUCGCGUCUCAUCUUGCCAGUGAAAUGAAGAAAAUCAAUCAGAGAGCUUGGGUCUUUUGCGUGAACCUACCGGAACGAACGGUACCUAUGAAUACGCACGCGAGCUCUAACAUUUUUCAGAAGCUCUCCGCUCUUUGCGGCAUCGAAGAGGGCGGCUUGCCAUACGCGCUUUUUAAGGAAAGUUUAGAAUGGAGCAGACCGUUUGAGGUUGUCGUCAUUCUCGACGCCCUCGACGAAAUCGGUCAAGAUUGCCGUAGCGACGUCCUAAGGCUCUGCGUCGACUUAAAGAAGACGUGCACGUUCAAACUUAUCGUGCUCAGUCGAAACGUGUGGAAACGGCUGUUGGAAGAUACGUUUGGUACAAUUGCCUUUGAUAUGGUGCCCUUCGAUCGGCAAGAUCAAAUGACGUUCUUGAAGCGGUACUGGCAACGACGAGCUCCUAAUGAGGUCGCAGAAGAACACGUAGCCUCCUUCGCAAAGAGCAUCUUAGACUGCUUUCCUGUGAGCUAUUCCAUGGGCUCGAUGCACUCUCUCGCCGAAAUUCCCCUCCUGCUGCGAUUGGUUGCGGAGAUUGAAGAAAAAAUGGUGCUUUCGGGUAAGGCUCCGGACGAGUUAUACUUCAAGAAACUCACCAUUCUCGACAUCUAUGUCAAGUAUUUUCAGCACAAAUACCGGAUGUGCAAAGCUCGCUGGAAAAGCGAGCACGCGGACCAGGAUAAGACGGAUGGCAAAGUCGAGCAACGUCGCGCGUUUUUCGAAGACAUGAGCCUUCACGCUCUCAAGUCGACCCUCCACGACGAACAGCUUCUGAACGUCUUUGCGAAAACCAAGACGCCGCCGCACCCUUUAAGCGAAGAAGCUGAAGUCAUCCCCAAAGGUGACAAGGAACGCGAUCUUGUAGGAGGCGAGGACAUUGAUCUUCCCGUGUUUGAGCAUAAGACCGUAGCAGAGUUCCUCACCGCCAGUUGGCUAUUCUGUAAGAUGAAACCGACGAGUUCCAUGCAGAGCAAGGUUAGAGACACCAUUCUUAGCCUCUAUAAAGUCACGGAUUACCAGAUGAUAAGGUACUUUUUAGACAGUUUCGCCGUUUCUCGAUACCCUUUCCACGUCGCCGUCAUGGACAGUGACAUCGGGUACAUCAGAAAGCACCUGGCACCGGAUUCGAUCGAUGCCUUCGACGACCUUGGAAGAACGCCGCUUCAUGUCGCCGCGCUCUACGCCGACGAGCACAUUGUUUCCAGGAUCGCCCACGAGUGUUCUUGGGAGGCGACCAAAAUCACGGACACAUUUGGUUUCACUCCAAUGAUGUACGCCGAUAGAUUUCGCGCGUGGGCUAAGCUCAGUAGCAUGUGCACAUCACGCACUGUGCUCGACUCUCACACGGCGGUUAACAUGCGGGCGGCGCUGCACAAUGCGAACAGCGAGAAGAGGCUUGAAAUGUCCGUGUUCUGUCACGCAGUGGUGAAGGAGCUGGUCGAUUUCCUACGACUUCUUUUGUCACACUUUCGAGGGCGUCUGGAUGACAUAAAGGACAAAGAGAAGAGAACACUACUGUUCUACGUAAAUACGAGCACGACAUUAUCAAUCUUAUGCCCUCACUCUGACUCAUACAAGUCCUGCGACGUCAACGCUCAGGAUGUCGAAGGAUGCUCUCCGCUUCACCACGCAGCUUCGACGAAUAAGUUAGACGUGGUAACUGGACUUUGUUUGGAGGGCGCAGACGUGAGCGCGAAGAAUCACAAGGGGGAAACCCCUCUGUCCGUUGCUGCCAGGUGCGGGUUCUUCGAUGUUAUGAGUUACCUUAUAAGCUUUGGAGCAGAUGUCAACGCGCUGGACGCGAAGUUAAACACUGCCUUGCACGCAGCUUGUCAGUAUGGCCACAGGAAGUGCGUCAGGUUGCUCUUGGACAGUGGAAUUAACACGACACAGCGGAAUGUCUGGGGCCUGGCGGCCAUUGAACUUCUAAGCGACGACGAUGCCAAGGCACUCGACUUAUUAAUUUACGCUGGAGAAAGACGAUCGCGGGAAACGUCCAAGAAAGUGAGUCUUACAGUGCCGGAAAAUGGUUACAGGCGACGACAUUCUAGUGACUCGGAGGCGAAGCACCCGACAUUGGGAGGGCGAGCAAGCGCAGAGCUCGCAUCGAACAGUAAUCUGCACACCAUGAUUUUAUCGGGGAACUUGGACGUGCACAAGAUCGAUAGACUUAUUCAACGUCAAAAUGACCUGAACACAACAAACUGUUACGGAGAAACAGCGUUACUCUUGGCCUGUGCAAGAGGAUGCGAUGUCUUUGUCCAGCGUCUUCUUGAGUACAACGCUUCCGCCAAUAUCAGCGACCGCGACGGAAGGCUUCCUCUACACGCUGCCGCCAGGAAUGGGCAACAUUCCGCAAAGACUUACAACCUGCUGAUAGAACACAGUAAGGACGUCAACAGCGUGGACAGGCAAGGAAAAUCUGCGCUCGUUAUUGCUUGCGAACACGGACGUUCGGACGCAGUCCAGUGCUUGCUGGAGAGCAACGCGGAUGCCAACAUUACUGAGAGAAGAGGACGGCUACCAUUGCAUCAAGCUGCGAAACAUGGAAAACUGCCCACAGACUGUCUGCAUGUUCUCGCGAGACAUACGGUAGACAUAAAUGCUACAGAUAGUAAAGGGGAAACAGCUCUUCACUUGGCUAUUGAGGCAAGGCACAAUCACGUAGUCACCUGUCUGCUGGAGGAAAACGCUCGCGCUAACAUUCCAGACAAAACGGGAAAGCUAGCGCUGCACAGAGCCGUGUGCGCCAACGUUGAAGAAAAUACGUUCGGACUCAUCAUAUCCCGCACGGACGAUAUUAACCAUCGCGAUAUUGACGCUAGAACCGCGUUACACGAGGCUGUGUGGAGCAGGAACCCGACCGCGAUUAUCAUGCUACUAAGAGCUGGAGCACAAGCUAACGUCAAAGAUAGAUUCGGAUGUCUUCCGUUGCACAACGCCUGCGAAAGUGACCUAACGGACAGGUAUUGUUUCCUAGCAUUAAUUGAAAACACCGACGACUUCAACGAGUACGAUGAUACCGGAUUCACUCCCCUGAUGUACGCGUGCUACGAGAGGAACAGUAAGCCCAUUCAGUGGCUCCUGGAGCACGGGGCACAGGUGAACGAUCGGGGACGUCCGUUCAAUCUCCUGAGCGUCGCGUACCAGUCCUCGCUCUCCGAAGACGACCUACUCUUGAUAAUCGACCGCCUCGAUGACGUCAACAAGAAAGUGCACAUGUCGAGGACUGCUCUUUUUAAUGCGUGCCAGAGUGGACACCUGAAGACGGUGCGGUAUCUACUUUCCAAGGGAGCCGACGUGAACGUUGCUGAUGAGGAUGGUAGGACACCCCUGCAUCAGAGCGCCCUGAAAGGACAUGCGGACAUUGUAAAACUUCUGCUUCCACAUGCAGAGGCUCACGCGAGGGAUAAGUACGACAGGACAUCGUGUGAUCUGGCGAGGAAGAAAGGGUACAUGAACAUUGUACAUGCGAUUGAAGCACUCUGGGGUAAAUCACCGCCCGGAAGUGCACUGGUGGCUCAUGAGUAAACGAGGUAUUGUGUAGGGCGCGACCGAGGAUGACGAUAACUGUCCCGUGCUAUUCAGAUGGGUGACAGCUGUGAGCGCUUUGAAGUGAAAUGGUGAUUCCUUCCUCGUGUAUUGUGCAACCAGGACAGCGUAACUGUUGACACACUCACUGUUAAAGUUUCAGUCGAAUAAAAGUCAAAAUAAUGGAACUUUUAACAUUGACAAUGGUGUGGAGUUGGGCUAAUGGACCAUUUCCAUAUUCGCGUCGCCCCUGGCGACGGAAUGUCCAACAUCGUGUGUCGGGCGCGCAGCCUCUUUGUGUUUUGUUUUGGCGACUUUCAAUCGGAAGUGCGUCUAUUCGCCGACAUGGGAACCCUGCACCCUUGUGGAAUUAGAGAACCUUUGGACUGCCGUCGUCGAUACAUCACGGGGGUGCCUCAAAGGACAGUGGGACGUUUAUAAUAAUGCAAGCGUCCGAGUGACGCCGGACCAGGGUGGAAG